AUGGCUGGCGGAGCAAAGAAACCAGUCAAUAUAUUCCGCCUCAAAGACCUGGGUGAGCCCAAGGAGGUUUUCAACUGGCGAUUAUGGUUCUCGGUCAUCUCAUUUGGCCUGAUGGGCGCUGCCCGAGGUGUCGAUGAGGGGUUGAUCUCAGGUGCCUUCAAUUCUGAAGACUUCCAACGUUACAUCAACUAUGACUCGUACAGCCAAGUGGAACAGACCAACAUCAAGGGAAAUGUCACUGCAAUGGUCCAGAUUGGAUCUGUUGGAGGCGCUCUUUUUGCAUUCUUGGUCUGUGAUCGCAUCGGUCGUAUCUGGGCAACCCGCCAACUUUGUGUUUUAUGGAUUGUGGGAAUCGCGGUUUUCAUGGGUAACGGUGGCAGCUUAGGUGCUGUCUAUGCUGGUCGCUUUAUUGCUGGACUCGGUGUGGGCCAGACAGUUGUCGUUGCUCCUGUAUAUCUUGCAGAAAUUGCCCCCGCUUCUAUCCGUGGUCUUUGUACCUGUGUCUUCACAGGCUUUGUCUAUCUGGGUAUUGUCCUUGCAUAUUUCGCCAACUAUGGUUGCCAAAUCAACCUCGGCGACAACACGCACAACCGAUGGCUCGUUCCCACGAGUCUGCAUAUUAUCUUUGCCGGCCUGAUAUUCCUUCUCUCCUUCCUCCAGCACGAAUCACCCCGAUAUCUAGUCAAACGCGGCCAGCUCGAAAAGGCCAUCUCCAAUCUCUCGAAAAUUCGUGGCCUACCAUCCGACGAUGAAUACGUCGUACGCGAGAUAUCCAGUAUUCAAACGACACAUGCAGCUGAGAUGGAGGCCACAAUGGGGUCUGGCGCUAUGGGCGUGAUCAAGGAAACAUUCCUUGUCCCAUCGAACCUCUACCGAGUCUACCUCACAUUCAUGGCCCAACUUCUUUCGCAGUGGUCCGGAGCCGGCAGUAUCACUGUCUACGCCCCUGAUUUGUUCAAGUUGCUAGGAGUCACAGGCAAUAACGAGUCUCUCCUGGUCACUGCUGUGUUCGGAAUCAUCAAACUGGUUGCCGCAAUUCUCUGUGCUCUUUUCUUGGUUGAUGUUAUUGGACGCAAGCGAGCCCUCCUCCUUGGUAUCACCCUGCAAGCGAUUGCCAUGAUCUACAUUGCCGGCUUCUUGACCUCCGUUCCCGAAAUGGGAGUCGACGAGAGCUACAAGGUACCGGCUGACAAGAAGAGCGCUAGCGAGGGCGCCAUUGCAAUGAUUUAUCUCUCUGGCUUUGGAUGGGCUCUCGGCUGGAAUUCAAUGCAGUAUCUUCUGACUGCAGAGCUCUUCCCACUGCGCAUCCGUGCUCUUUGCACUUCUAUGGCCAUGACUCUCCACUUUGCCAACCAAUAUGGUAAUGCGCGCGCAGUUCCCAAUAUGCUUCUGCCCGUCGCAGAGGGUGGAAUUGACCCCAAGGGUACGUUCUGGUGCUUUGCUGCCAUUACCGUUAUCGGUGGUGUCUGGGUCUGGUUUAGUAUUCCGGAGACGGCAGGUCGCUCAUUGGAGAGUAUGGAUCGUCUCUUUGCUUUGCCGUGGUACAAGAUUGGCCGGUAUGGUAAUCGGGAUGCCGAUGAACGUGACCUGGUAGUGGAUGAGAAGAUGGAGAUGGCGGUGCAGACGCACGGAACGGCUCAACAUGUUGAGAGGCAGGACAGAGAGAACCGAGUCUGA